AUGAGUGGCUCAAAGCCAGACAUCCUGUGGUCUCCCCACCACCCGGACCGCUACGUCAUCUGUGACUCUGAGCUGGGACUGUAUCGCAUUGGACCUGUGGGAAGCACAGAAACAAAGCCCGGCACUCUGUCACUCUCUAAAGAAACUGCUGCUACUUUACUAGCCAUAAACUCUGACACUCCCUAUAUGAAAUGUGUGGCCUGGUACCCGAAGCACGAGUCUGAGUGUUUACUCGCUGUGGGACAAGCUAACGGCAGAGUGGUGCUCACUAGUUUGGGUCAGAGCCACAACUCCACGUGUAAAGAGCUGGUAGGCAAAGAGUUUGUGCCUAAACAUGCCCGUCAAUGCAACACUUUAGCCUGGAACCCUGUGGACAGCAACUUACUGGCUGCUGGCUUGGAUAAACACCGGGCAGACUUCUCUGUCCUUAUAUGGGAUAUCAGCAGCAAAUUUGCCCCGGAGACGAGCGUAGCAGCUGAGAAAAUUCGGAUGUCGUUCGUGGAUUUGGACUCGAGCACAGUAGUGACUAAGCCGUUAUAUGAGUUGGGCCAGAAUGAUGCGUGCCUCUCACUUUGCUGGCUGCUUCGGGACCCAAAGCUGCUCUUGGCUGGCAUGCACCGAAACCUUGCAAUAUUUGACUUGAGAAACACGAGCCAGAAAAUGUUCGUCAACACCAAGGCCAUCCAGGGAGUGACGGUGGACCCACACUUCCAUGACCGUGUGGCCUCCUUCUUCGAGGGGCAGGUGGCUAUUUGGGACCUGAGGAAGUUUGAGAAGCCUGUGCUCACGCUCACAGAGCAGCCCAAACCUCUCACCAAGGUGGCGUGGUGUCCAACACGAACCGGACUCCUCGCCACUCUGACUCGUGACAGCAACAUCAUCCGGCUGUACGACAUGCAGCACACCCCCACGCCCAUCGGUGACGAGACGGAGCCCACCAUCAUUGAGCGAAGCGUGCAGCCCUGCGAAAGCCAGAUCGGCAGCUUCGCCUGGCACCCCUCCUCUCAGAACCGCAUGGUGGUGGUUUCAGCGACCAACCGGGUUAUGACCGACUUCACAGUGUUCGAGCGCAUCUCUCUGGCCUGGAGCUCCACAACGUCGCUCAUGUGGGCGUGCGGUCGGCACUUAUACGACUGCGUCGAGGAUUCGGCUGACGGGGCCGAGAACGCAGCAGAGAAGGACAUCGCCACUAAGAUGAGGGAACGGGCUCAGUCCAGGUACGGCCACAAUACGGUCCAGGUGUGGAGGAACCACCUGCUGGCGGGAGGGAAUGACUCGCAGCUCAAGUGUUUAUGGUAUGACCUCUAUUAUAUGAAGCAGUGUGCAGAGGACCUGGAGCUGAAGCAGCAGGGCAACAAACAGUCUGUGUUUUAUUCUGGGAUCAAGAACAUCGUCAAGACCAGCUCAGGCACAACCGAGAGCCGCAGGUGUUGGAGCGGCUCGGACCAGCAGACGGACGUGCCGCGCUUCAUCAGCGAUGAGCGCAGCCUCGCCCUGCGGCUCUGCGGCUGGAUCAGCCGCGGUCCUGACAUCAACGUGGAGACCUUCCUGCGAUCUCUGGAGCAGGAGCGCGAGUGGGAGCGGGCGGCCGCCAUCGCUCUGUUCAAUCUGGACAUCCGCCGGGCGAUCCAGAUCCUCAACAAGGGAGCCACAGCUGAGAACGGUGACCUGAACCUAAACGUUGUCGCCAUGGCUCUGUCGGGGUACACUGAUGAAAAGUCCUCCCUGUGGCGGGAAAUGUGCAGCUCUCUGAGGCUGCAGCUGAAGAACCCCUACCUCUGCAUCAUGUUUGCCUUCCUCACCAGUGAGGCCGGAGCAUACGACGGCGUACUGUAUGAGAGCAGUGUUGCUGUUCGAGACAGAGUAGCCUUCGCCUGCAUGUUUCUCAGCGACGCGCAGCUGCCUCGUUACAUCGACAAGCUGACCAACGACAUGAAGGAGGCGGGCAACCUGGAGGGCAUCCUGCUGACGGGGCUGACUAAAGAUGGAGUGGACCUCAUGGAGAGCUAUGUGGACCGAACUGGAGAUGUCCAGACUGCCAGCUUCUGCAUGCUGAAGGGUUCCCCAGGUGAGGUGCUGAAAGACCCCCGGGUCCAGUGCUGGAUUGAAAACUACCGCAACCUGCUGGACGCAUGGAGGUUCUGGCAUAAACGGGCCGAGUUCGACAUCCUCAGAGGCAAAAUGGACCCCAGCUCUAAACCACUGGCUCAGGUGUUUGUGAGCUGUAACUUCUGUGGGAAGUCCAUCUCCUACAGCUGCUCGGCGAUCCCUCACCAGGGCCGAGGCUUCAGCCAGUACGGCGUCAGCGGCUCGCCCACCAAGUCCAAGGUGACGAGCUGCCCCGGCUGCAGGAAGCCGCUGCCUCGCUGCGCCCUCUGCCUCAUGAACAUGGGCACACCUGUGUCCAACUGCUCAGGAACAGGAAAGUCGGAGGAGAAAGUGGACCUGACGAGGGAGAACAAACUGGCUCAGUUCAACAACUGGUUCACCUGGUGUCACAACUGCCGGCACGGGGGCCAUGCAGGUCACAUGCUCAGCUGGUUCAGAGACCACACGGAGUGCCCGGUGUCGGCCUGUACGUGUAAAUGUAUGCAGCUGGACACCACGGGGAACCUGGUGCCUGCGGACAGCAGCUAAACGGGAGACGCGUGCUGCGAACCGAAGCCAAACGCAACCCAGAAGCCAGCGAGAGCGGGUCGACUGCUGCGUCGCUGCGCUGACUGAUGGGCACGGGACAGAGGAGCGUCAGCACUGUCCCACUCUGAAGUGGCUGCUCGAAAAGAAACAUACUGUUAAGUAAUAGUCUAGUGAAUGUCGCGUUCUAACAGAGCCCUAAGCAAAGAAGGGAAGCAGAGCGAGCUACUAAUGUCAAAUCAGAAAGGGAGCAAAUGCUAAUUUACUGCUCAGUUAAUAAAAAUCACUCAGGAGAAUUUACUAGAGGCUCUGCUGCAAUCAGCCUCUUCCA